AUGUUAACCAAACCAUCCCUGUUGGUGCCGAAACUAGUUAAUCUGGAAAGGAUUUCUGAGAAAAUGCAGUCUACGAAACAUUUAGAUAAGUCAUCUGAAAAGAGGAUCAGCUUGCAACAGAAUCUAAUGGACAUUUUUAUAAUACUUGAUGACCUACUAGACGAAAAGACAGAAAUCUUAAAGCCAAAGAUUGAUGAAAUUAAGACGAUUUUGCUCGGCGAGUAUGACUAUAUUGAUAGGAAAAAAGGAGAUCUUCAUACUGCUAUUGUCCAUGGAAAGAUUCACAAUGUUACGCAGAAGAUGUUGAACAUUUGUGAAGAUCUGAAAGACCUGAUUGGCAAAAAAACUCAACAUAAGGAAGCAGAUGAAAUUACAGAGCCUGAACUUCUUACAAUCAAGAAACUUGAUGAAGAAUCCAAACUUUCAGAGGCUAAGACUUUGGAGAAACAAUCCAUCCAAGAACAGCAACUGGAUGAUAAGAUGCAGACGCGGGCUGAAGAGGAUGCAGAGACGGCCAAGAAAGCUAAACUCUCUGACGUUCUUUCUGAAAAGAUGUCUGAACUCGAAGAGAAACAACUGGAUGAGAAAGCUGAGGACUAUGCCAAAAAAAUGACCCAACUGGCAGAAGAUUCUGAGGUUGUUGCUGAAAAGAUACCCGAAGAAAAGGUUAAAGAAAGCAAGAAGGCCGAUGUCAAGGAUUCCGAGGCUAAGGCACAGAAAGCAAAGUCCUUGGAGAUGCAACAACUCGAGGAGAAACAACUGGAUGACAAGAAACAGAAGCAAACUGAGAAGGAUGCCGAAAAGAUGGUCCAGAAGGCAGAAGAAUCUGAGGUUGUUGCUGAAAAGAUAUCUGAAGAACAGGUAGAAGAAAGCAAGAAGGCCGAUGUCAAGGAUUUCAAGGCUAAGGCACAGAAAGCAAGGGCUCUGGAGAAGCAACAACUCGAGGAGAAACAACUGGAUGACAAGAAACAGAAGCAAACUGAGAAGGAUGCCGAAAAGAUGGCCCAGAAGGCAGAAGGAUCUGAGGUUGCUGCUAAAAGGAUAUCCAAAGAGAAGCUUGCAGAAAGCAAAAAAGCGGAUGUCAAGGAUUCUGAGGCUAAGGCACAGAAAGCAAAGGCUCUGGAGAAGCAAGAGCUCGAGGAGAAACAACUGGAUGACAAGAAACAGAAGCAAACUGAGAAGGAUGCCGAAAAGAUGGCCCAGAAGGCAGAAGAAUCUGAGGUUGUUGCUGAAAAAAUAUCUGAAGAAAAACUUGAAGAAAGCAAGAAGGCCGAUGUCAAGGAUGCCGAGGCUAAGGCACAGAAAGCAAAGGCUCUGGAGAAGCAAGAGCUCGAGGAGAAACAUCUCGAUGAGAAAAAACCGAAGCAAGCUGAGAAAGAUGCCGGAAAGAAGGCCCCGAAGGGAGAAGAAUCUGAGGUUGUUGCAGAAAGAAAGAAGGCCGAGGUCAAGGAUUCCGAGGCUAAGGCACAGAAAGCAAAGUUUUUGGAGAAGCAACAACUCGAGGAGAAACAACUGGAUGAGAAGAAACAGAAGCAAACUGAGAAGGAUUCCGAAAUUAAGUCUCAACAGGCAAAAGAAAUUGAGGUUGCUGCUAAAAAGAUAUCCAAAGAACGGGUUGAAGAAAGCAAGAAAGCGGAUGUUAAGGAUUCCGAGGCUAAGGUACAGAAAGCAAAAGCGUUGGAGAAGCACAAACUCGAGGAGAAACAACUGGAUGAAAAACAGAAGCAAGCUGAGAAAGAUGCCGAAAAGAAAGCCCAGAAGGCAGAAGAAUCUGAGGUUGUUGCUAAAAAGAUAUCCAAAGAGAAGCUUGCAGAAAGCAAAAAGGCGGAUGGCAAGGAUUCUGAGGCUAAGGCACAGAAAGCAAAUUCUUUGGAGAAGCAAGAACUCGAGGAAAAACACCUGGUUGAGAAGAAACAGAAGCAAACUGAGAAGGAUGACAAAAAAACUGUCCAGAAGGCAGAAGAAUCUGAGGUUUUUACUGAAAAGAUGUUCGAAGAAAAGUUAAAAGAAGUCACGAAGACGGAUGCCCCGUAG